CUCAACACUAAAUAGAAAUUUGUUAUCUAGUUAUUUGAUAUUGAAAUAAUAAUUCAAAGUUGAAUUUAACAGUGGCGAUGGAAGAGUAUACAUCACAAGUCAGUGAAGAAAUUCACACCGAUGUUCUCAGCAAAGCUCGAAUCUCUUGCUACAAGGCGAGAGAUGCGUUCUACUCAUGCCUGGUGAAUAAAUCAGACAAGAAGCCUACUGAAAUCGGGACUGUUGGGCUGUUAUACCCAGUUGAUUGCAACAAAACUAGGCAGGAAUAUGUGAAGCAAUGCAGACCCACUUGGGUGAAGCAUUUUGAUAGGCAGUACUGUUCUAAGAAGAAAGUUCAGAGACAUUUGGAUGAUAAUGAGUCGAGGAGAGGUCCGUUGUCACUUCCACAGCCUUAUACCUUCAAACCCCCUUGUUCUUGUAGAUGACAAAUUUUUUGAAUACUUUGGAUAUUGACAAGGGGUUACUUAAUGCUUGUUUUUGGUAAAUUUUGCGGUUGUAAGUGAUGGGGAUCUUUCAAUUUCAUCAUGAGUAGUUGUAAAGAGUAAAAUUGGUAGUUGAGGAACAAUGAAUUGUGUAUUUUGAAGUUGUAAGUUGGAUGCCUUAUGUUUGACAAGAGACUUGAAAUGGCAAAGUUAUCAUUCUCAUUUGUCAAAUCUUAAUUUUCAUAAAGUUCUAUUUCAAAUUUGUUUAGAUUGAGAUUGUAUAGGAAUUUUGCUCUUGUUGCAUCUAAUAUAAUUUAGCAAAAUUAUCGUUCUCA